AUGAAACGAAGAAGCGAUAAAUUAUUAGACCUUUUAAAGGAAGACGAUACAAUCCCUUACGGUAACAAGAGCAGUAUGACACCGAGACGACGUUACACAAUUCACGAAAUACCGUCUCCACAAGCAUUUGAAACCGUGACAACAGAACAUAUAGUAACUAAACCGUCUAAAAAAAUCAAAGCGUUGCAAAUCGCUUUUCCUUGCCUCACAAUAUAG